AUGGCUGCCGUUUGGGAGGUUGUGGGUGGAGCCGACAAGGGUGGCAUCCUCGUCCGUGAAAGCUCGGACCUGUCCUCCGCCAUUUUGGACAGCCGCUUGGCGACGGGUGCCAAAGUGAAGGAAGUUCAGUGGCAAGAUGGCCGCCUGGGCUACGAACUCGUCUCAGGUACCGGUCCCGCCAAGGGAUGGGUCACGGUGAAUCUAAAGGGCAAGGACCUUUUGGUACAGCUUGAGAAAGAGCUGGCUGAGUCCACCAGUGAGGGCGAGAUCCAGGUGGAAGCAAGCAGCGAGUCAGACGUGGCCAGCCCGACCGGCAAGGUGAACGAGAAGGAGCCCUCGAAUGACGAGAAGGAGGCCCUGAAGCAGUACCUGGACAAGUUCGGUGAGAACAGGACAGGCUCCAACCCUGGCUUCAACCGCAAAGCCUUCCCCUGGGCAGUGAACCACGCAGCAAAGCGCACCACCCCAAAGGAAGCUAUCGAGGCGGCUCUCAUGGCGCCGAAGCCGAAGAAGGAGCGCAAGUCUGCACCAACGGAUGUGGAUUCCGAAGGCGAAGAGGUGCCAUUGUGCUGCAGGUGCCUGAUGCCGGUUGGGGAGUUUGCCUAUGAGGGUCGCGAAGGCCGUGGCAGCUGUGUCCAUGCAGAGUGCAUGGCACAAGUCCUAGUGGACGAUGCCCAGAGGCAGGAGGACCGACGCAUGGGCUGGGAGGCGGAGAAGAAGCUGAAGAGCCGCAAGGAGUACGAGAUCGGUUGGGUCAUGGACAGCGUUCCCAAGAACACAACCUGGGCUGAGCGCAUGGGUUGCAGCGCCACUCCUCAGGGUUUGUGCUGCCUCGUGUUCGAUGAGGUGACCCGGACUGUGAAGGUUGCACCAACUUUGGAGCCUGCUGCCGCAGUGAACUUGGAGUACCUGCUGUUGGCUUUGAAGGUGCGGAAGACAGCCUCCCGCGAGCCGUUGUUCUCCCUUGACCCGGUCGACCCACAGAACCUGGAGAAAACUCCGCAGAAGAAGGUGUAUGAACCCAGCUGGCUCGCCGGCACGAGCGUGGGUGACGUCAUGUUCCAAGCCGACUACUUCUUGAAGGAGCUUGCGCUCGGCGAGUACGAGAUGCCUGUUUCCGGCAUGCUGAGCGUCUUUGAUUGGUCCGAGCUUUCCGACAAGGACCGUGACAAAGCCUGGGCGGGGCGAGAGUGGUACGUGGUGAAGAAGGCCGAGGUGAGGUUAGCGCAGGACAAGACCCUGGUCCCUUUCGUGAAGAUGGGUGUGGAAGCCCGCGAGCAAGUUGUUACCAAGAAGGGCCUGGAAGAUGCGGCGGUCACGGCUUCCACGCAUCCUCUGAAGAAGUUCGCGGACGCCUUCACUCGCAACUUCGACUUGAUUGCGGAGCGCAAGAGCGUAGUGUACCAUGUCCGGGAGUUGGCGAAGGCGUCCGUGCUGGCUAAAUACUUGGUCGACUCUCACACGCGCCUGGAUCCAUCUUGGUACCGGCUCGCCGACGAGAUUGUGAAGUCCACGCCGAAGGAAGCACAUCCAGAGAUCCCGCAGCUGUGGAACAUGCGUGGCAACUCCCGCAUUCAGCUGAAGAAUGGCCGGCUCAUUGAUAUGUUCACUGGUGGCCAGCGCAAUCUGCAGGCCAUCUACGGUGGUGUGGAGUUCGGGCUCGACCGCUUUGAGCUGGCCCAGCGCCAUGCCCUCCAGGGCCAGACGGGUAUGCAAUUGGGGCAGUCGGGCCGACCCAUGUUCAUGCCCCAGCGAUUCCAGCUCGGACAGCGGGCAGAGAUGCCGCAGGGUGUGGAUCUGAAUUUGGACAAGUUCGACUUGACCAAGCCAGAGCGCUUCGCUGGCAGUUUGCCUCCAUGCAGUGGUGGUCCAGAUUCCUUGGAAGCCAAGGUGACCUUGGGACGGGCCUUCUUGAGAAGCUUGCGAGAACAGGACUUCGACGACUUGAAGACAGAGUACAAGGAGCUGUUGGUCAAGGUCUUCGGCUCCCCGCAGUGCGACCGCACAGGGGAGGGUGAUUCUUUCAUCCCUCCGGAUCCCAACAUGGAGUACGCCGCCAAGCUCCGUAGCCUCAUCCACGAGGAGAAGUCCCUGCUGGAGCGCCGCAAGCUGCACUUCUUCGACCGCAGCUUCAAGGCAGGCAACCCGGGUACAGACUUCCCGCGCUCUUGGACAUCGCGGUUCCAGAUCGAGAAGGAUGGCGUGGCCCCCAAGUUCGAGGUCUCCAACAAGUCUGGCUUGAGCAAGGUUGAGUUCGACGACAGCUUCCGCAAAGUCUUGGUCUCCGACAUUCUGCCGACGGCAGCACCUGAGUUCAAGCAGAUCACGGAGGAUGGCACUGUGUUCCGCAUCUACCACAUCGGCAGCCUCGAGGUGCGUACCACGGAAGAGAAGUUCGGCAAGGAGCAGGUGGGUGUCCUGUUCUCGACCUCUGCACCUACCUGGAAUCUGGCAUCUAAAGACAGGUCCCAGAGCAUCUCUGACGGCGAGAAGAUUCAGAAUUGCAAGGUCUACUUGGAAGCUGCCGAGGGUGAGGCACAUGCUAGCAAGCAGCCACACCAUUUCUACAUGGUUUGCCAAACGGCAAGCAAGAACUUAAUCGUCACCGAAAAGCUUGCCACUGGAGCCACCACAUGUGUCGUGAAUCCUGCCAACUUGGAAACAACCGUGCGCUCCUUGAAGACCCUUCAGAGCAACAUGGAUCGCAGCGUGCCAGGUGGCGCUAGCUUGUCCGCCCGCAAGCAGUACGUCAAGGCAGCUUUCAAGCAGACCACUGGCAAGAGCUUCCACGGCAAGUGGGGUGGCUUCAUUCGACGAUACUCCGGCCCGGGCGUCUUCCUCGGCCGAACUCCCCUCAUGGUGCCAAUGGACCGUAGUUCUGGCUUGAUGAACGGGACCUGGACAGCCAAGAAGAAGUUCGACCUCCUCCAGAUGAAGGCGAACAAGUGA